UACGAUGGCCGAUCGGAAUCCUGGAUUUUUGGCACCGAAAAUAGUCGGGCGGGCGCGCGGUGGAACCGCUAGGGCGGCAGCGCAGUGCGUGUCGCUCCGCCGUGUGAACAGCCCGCUCGUGAGGCCAGUAACUGGCGUAUUUUUUCGACCGGACCGUAAAGUCACAAAGCCGCCACCAUGGACGCCAUCAAGAAGAAAAUGCAGGCGAUGAAGCUGGAGAAGGAUAACGCCAUGGACAAGGCAGACACCUGCGAACAGCAGGCCAGGGAUGCCAACCUCCGUGCUGAGAAGGUCAAUGAGGAAGUCCGUGAACUCCAGAAAAAACUCGCACAAGUGGAAGAGGAUCUCACUCUUAACAAAAACAAACUGGACCAGGCCAACAAAGACUUGGAGGAGAGGGAAAAGCAGCUCGCCGCCACCGAGGCUGAAGUCGCCUCCCUCAACAGGAAAGUCCAACAGAUUGAGGAGGAUUUGGAGAAAUCUGAGGAAAGGUCUGGCACAGCCCAGCAAAAACUUCUUGAAGCCCAGCAGUCGGCUGAUGAGAACAACCGUAUGUGCAAAGUAUUGGAGAACAGAGCCCAGCAGGACGAGGAGCGCAUGGACCAGCUCACAAACCAGCUGAAGGAGGCCCGUCUCCUGGCUGAGGACGCUGACGGCAAAUCUGAUGAGGUUUCACGUAAGCUGGCCUUCGUUGAAGACGAGCUCGAAGUCGCUGAGGAUCGUGUCAAGUCUGGUGACGCUAAGAUCUCAGAACUUGAGGAGGAAUUAAAGGUAGUAGGUAACUCCUUAAAAUCUCUGGAAGUCUCAGAAGAGAAGGCCAAUCAACGUGUUGAAGAAUUCAAGAAACAGCUGAAGACUCUGACUAGCAAAUUGAAGGAAGCUGAAGCUCGUGCUGAGUACGCUGAGAAGACAGUCAAGAAACUGCAGAAGGAAGUCGACAGGCUCGAAGACGCAUUGUUCAACGAGAAGGAGAAAUACAAGGCGAUAUGCGAUGACUUGGACGGCACAUUCGCCGAGCUCACAGGAUACUAACUAACCCAAUAUAAUGCACUUAGUUUAAGACAUUACCGUCCAAUUCACAUGAUCCAUACAGUCCAAUUAAAUCAAAACCUAGCGACCCGAUACGUUUCUCGAAAAGUCCUCAAUGGAAAAUGCGUACAUCCAUGCAUUAGAUAAUUGCUAUGCACAGGCACAGGGGCAUUAGCGAUUUCGUUAUCGGUUACAUCGAGACCUUUAUAAAUUUCUAUAUCUUGCUAACUUACCCUAACCAUUUCAAGGAUAUUUAGGGGAUUGUCGCUACCCGAACUAGAGUUGUAGACACUCUAACUCCUAGAGCAUUUGCUGACAAUCCUUUAGAAAUCCCUAUAGUUAUAAGCCCUGCUUUACGUGUUGUAAUUAACCUGUCUUAUGCUUUGCUGCUACCGUCGAGGACCAAUGCUUCAAAGAUGAGCUGGGAAUUAACAAGGACCGAUACAAGAGCUUGGCCGACGAGAUGGACUCCACAUUCGCUGAGCUGGCUGGAUACUAAACAUCCGCACUCCGUAGCAAACAUACAACAUUCACAAACAUUCUCUACAACACAUACAAGAGUCAUACAACGGCGCGGCGUCGUGGCUGCCCGCUACAGUUACACUACACAUACAACACGAACGUUCAUAUACGUGAUGUAAUGAUAUUUAUUAAUAUUUUAUGUAAAUUUAUUUACGAUUUUCAAUAAAAUAAUUUAUAACAUC